AUGUCUCGCCGAAGCCAGCGCCUCACGCGCUACCCCCAGGGCGAUGAUGACGGCGGCAGCAGCAGUGGAGGGAGUUCGGUGAUGGGGAGCCAGAGCACCCUGUUUAAAGACAGCCCUCUCAGGACCUUGAAGAGGAAGUCCGGCAACAUGAAGCGCCUCUCCCCAGCGCCGCAGCUGGGCCCCUCCUCCGACACGCACACGUCCUACUACAGCGAGUCGGUGGUCAGGGAGUCCUACUUUGGCAGCCCCCGGGCCGCCUCCCUUGCCAGGAGCUCCAUCCUCGACGACCAGCUGCAUAGCGACCCCUACUGGGGUGAGGAUCUGCGGGUGAGGAGGAGGAGAGGGACGGGCGGCACCGAAAGCAGCAAACUCAACGGGCUCUCUGAGAACAAGGGCUCCGAGGACUUCCUGGGGUCCUCCUCAGGUUACUCUUCAGAGGAUGACUAUGCAGGAUACUCGGAGACUGACCACCGUGGUUCGGGUUCACGGUUAAGGAACGCAGCCUCUUGGGCAGCCUCUUUUUUCUGGAUGGUGGUCACUUCUCCAGGCCGGCUGUUUGGACUCCUCUACUGGUGGGUUGGCACCACCUGGUAUCGCCUGACAACAGCUGCCUCCCUCCUCGAUGUCUUCGUUUUAACCAGGCGCUUCUCAUCCGUGAAGACAUUCCUGUGGUUCCUCUUGCUGCUGCUGCUUCUGACCGGCCUGACCUAUGGUGCCUGGUAUUUCUACCCCUAUGGGCUGCAGACCUUCCACCCUGCGAUGGUUUCCUGGUGGGCAGCGAAGGGCGGCAGCAGGCAGCAUGACGUGUGGGAGUCCAGAGACUUCCAGGCUGAGCAGCGCAUCUUGUCCCGGGUACACUCUCUGGAGCGACGCCUAGAAGCUCUCGCUGCCGAAUUUUCCUCCAACUGGCAGAAGGAGGCUGUGCGGCUGGAACGUCUGGAGCUGCGACAAGGGGCUGCUGGUGGGGGAGGCCACGUAGGCCUGAGCCACGAGGACACCCUGGCACUUCUAGAAGGGCUGGUGAGCCGCCGCGAGGCUGCCCUGAAGGAGGACUUCCGUAGGGACACCGCCGCUCGGAUCCAGGAAGAGCUGGUCACCCUGAGAGCAGAACAUCAACAAGACUCAGAAGACCUCUUCAAGAAAAUUGUCCAGGCCUCCCAGGAGUCUGAGGCUCGACUCCAGGAGCUGAAGUCCGAGUGGCAAAGGAUGACCCAAGAGUCCUUCCGAGAGAACUCCAUGAAGGAGCUGGGGCAACUGGAGGGCCAGCUGGCAGGCUUGCGGCAGGAGCUGGCGGCCCUGAGCCUGAAGCAGAGCUCGGUGGCAGACCAAGUGGGCCUCUUGCCCCAGCAGCUGCAGGCGGUGAGGGAUGACGUGGAGUCCCGGUUCCCUGCCUGGAUCAGUCAGUUCCUUCUGCACGGCGGGGGGACCCGCAACGGGCUCCUUCAGCAGGAAGACAUGCAAGUUCAGCUGCGGGAGCUGGAGGGCAGGAUCCUCGCCCACGUGGCCGAGAUGCGGGGCGAGUCGGCGAGGGAGGCCGCCGCCAGCCUGGGGCUGACGCUGCAGAGGGAAGGCGUGAUCGGGGUGACAGAGGAGCAGGUGCAGCGCAUCGUAAACCAGGCCCUGAAGCGCUACAGUGAGGACCGCAUCGGGAUGGUGGACUACGCUCUGGAAUCAGGAGGGGCGAGUGUUAUCAGCACCCGAUGUUCUGAGACCUAUGAGACCAAGACGGCCCUCCUCAGUCUCUUCGGCAUCCCCCUGUGGUACCACUCCCAGUCGCCCCGAGUCAUUCUCCAGCCAGAUGUGCACCCAGGCAACUGCUGGGCCUUCCAGGGGCCCCAGGGCUUUGCUGUGGUUCGCCUUUCUGCCCGCAUCCGCCCCACUGCUGUCACCUUAGAGCAUGUCCCCAAGUCCUUGUCCCCCAACAGCACCAUCUCCAGUGCCCCCAAGGACUUUGCCAUCUUUGGAUUUGAUGAAGAUGCGCAGCAAGAGGGGACACUUCUUGGCCAGUUCACCUACGACCAGGAUGGGGAGCCCAUUCAGACCUUUUAUUUUCAGGACACUAAAAUGGCCACAUACCAGGUGGUGGAGCUUCGGAUCUUGACUAACUGGGGCCACCCCGAGUACACCUGCAUCUACCGCUUCCGGGUGCAUGGGGAACCCACCCACUAG